GGAAGGAAGAGCACGGCACGCGCCUGCUCUCAGUGUUGUCUGUGUACACGCAAUACACGUGUUAUUUUAAUAUACCUUGCUAUUGGAAUAAAGUAAGGUUUUCAUUUCAAAGUGAUUUUAGUCUGACUCUUAGUUCGACUAGUGUUUUAAGAGUUCAGAGGUGUUUUUUUUCUCAUUAUUUUUGUUUUUUUAAAUAUUACGACAUUGGAACAUUUUUUUUGGUAUAAUUUGUACAAAAUACACACCAUCGAGCUUUCGGAACAAGACCAAAAAGGAGUUAUUUCUUUUUUUUAGUUCUUUUGUUUUUAUUUUCUUUGGUUCCCGAAAAUCAAACGCCACAUAGGACUCCCGAAAACCUCAAAAUAAGCACAAUGGCUAGCAGGCCGCUGACUCUGCUGACGGUCCUAGCGGCGGUGCUCCUGUUGACAUCCGCCGCGGACACCACCGCCGCCACCGCAGCCGCCGCCACCACCACCGCCCCCGCCGCGACCGCUGCCGCUACAGUCCUCGCUACGGAUGUCGCUGCUGACGAUGACGAAGGGAUGAACGACACGCACGCGGCUACGAAUCCCGCCCCGACCGCCACCGCUACGGGAACCGCUACGGACGCCGCCACGAGCACCGCUACGGACGCCGCCGCCGCUACCGCUACGGACGCCGCUACCGCUACCCUGGCGGACGUGGAGAUCCCGGUGGUGCGGCAGGAGUUGGAGGAGGAAAGGGAGAAGGAGGAAGAGGAGAAAGAGAAGAAGAAAGAGGAAGAGGCGUCAGCAGAUGGUGAGUCUCGAUUUGUUCUCUGGAUUUUCGGGCUUCGUGUCGGGCGGCGAAGGCGGGGCUCGGGUUCGGGAAUUAAAUAUAUUCGGUUGGCUGCUAUGAGCUCCAGCCAGGAGUGUCACGUAGAAGCCCGGAAUCAAAAUGGGAUUUCACAGGAGUGCCAAACAGAUACCGGCCGCAUGUCAAGGAAUUUUUUAAAUGCCACGAGUACUGCGGCGCACAUGAUGAAGCACCGGCGCCGCUACGUGAGGUAUGAGGACCGCCGGACAGGUAAAUCACUCUCAGAUCUCGAUCACAGUUCCUUUCCUCACUUUUUCUCGACCCCGAAUCUCAGUGGAAACCUCAAACUCAGCGUGAAUUUCAGUCUCAGCCCAAAUCUCAAACUCAGCCUCAAUUUUAGUCUCAGUGUAAAUCUCCAUCUCAGUGUCAGCCCAAAUCUCAAACUCAGUGUAAAUUUCAGUCUCAAUGCAAGUCUCCCAUCUCAGUUCUCAAUGCAAAUCUCCCAUCUCAGUGUACGUCUCAGUCUCAGUCUCAAUGUAAAUUUCAGUCUCAGUGUAAGUCUCCAUCUCAAUCUCAGCCCAAAUCUCAAACUCAGCCUCAAUUUUAGUCUCAAUGCAAAUCUCCCAUCUCAGUCUCAGUCUCCGUCUCCGUCUCAGUCUCAGUCCUGCGAGCUCCAGCGGGAGAACACCCUCCGUCGCGGGCGUGCUUUGGGCGUGGACCUGAACAGCAUCCUCCUCCCUGACUGCAAGCAAGAGGGGGACUUCGCGCCCAUCCAGUGCGACGGCGACCGGUGCUUCUGCGUGGACAAGCACACCGGGUACGAGCUGCCAGGGACGAGGGCCAGGAGCAUCGAACUCGUCAACUGCUCGUCUCCCAGGCCCUGCUCAGGAUACCAGUGCCGGAUGCUGUGCCCUUACGAGUUCGAGCUGGACGAGGAAGGAUGCCCCGUGUGUGAGUGCCGCGAUCCCUGCCGAGGAGUGACCUGUCCCGGUGGCACUGCCUGUACCCUGGAAGAGGCUCCCUGCGCCGCUGAGCCGUGCCCGCCGCUGCCCACGUGUAAGCAGCCCCGCAGCCUAGCGACGAUGUGUCCCCUCGGCGACCCCCUCAUGAUUGACGAGAAGGAGGGGCGGCCCUUCCUGUGCGGCUCUGCGCCUGGCACCCCCCAGUGCCCCGCCCUCUACAAGUGCCACGUCAGGCAAGGACAUGACUACGGCGUCUGCUGCGCCGCCGUGGACGAGCUGCAGAAGCCCGGCCAGUGCCCCGUGGAGGGCAGCGGCUCCGUCGUGGUGGGCGUGGGCGGCGAGGAGGAGGAAAUGCGCUGCGGGGCGUCCUGUCUGCACGACCUCCAGUGCCCGUCCACGCAGAAGUGCUGCAUCUCCGAGAUCUGCGGCCAGCACUGCGUCCAGCCGGCGAACCUCACAGCAUGCCUCCAACAACGUAUGAUCGCCGAGCUCCUGGUGGUGACGGAGCGCGAGGGCAAGGGCUACGUGCCCCAGUGCCACGAGGAGAACGGCCUGUACACGCCCCGCCAGUGCUCGCGGAACGGCCUCAUCUGCUGGUGCGUCGACCCCGAGGGAAACAAGCUGCCGCGCACCUUCGCCGCCGCCCACGAGGUCGACUGCGACAAGGCUCAAGCUGGUGCCCAAGCCCGCCACUCCUGCGGCUCCGAAGUGCUCUGUUCCACCAUCUGCGAGUACGGCUACCAGCUGGGCGCCGACGGAUGCCCCACCUGCGAGUGCGACGACCCUUGCCAGGAGCUCACGUGCCCCGAGAACUCCACCUGCGUCAUGAGGAAGGACCCCGGCUGCGAGGGCGACGCCUGCUCCGCCACGCCCAUGUGUCUGACCAACGACUCGGAUGAUCUCCCUGUCCCCCCCACCACGCCCACACCGCCCACCUGCCCCACCGGCCUCACACCCUUCACCGUGGGCGGCGUGGUGGUGGAGUGCGACGCCCAUGCCCCGUGCCCAGCUGAUCACCAGUGCACGCCCCCGCCCACCGCCGGCGCGCCCUACACUUGCUGCCCCGUCCCCACCAUUAUCGAGGCCAGCAAGCCCGGCCAGUGUCCGUUCGUGGCGUCCGCAAGCGCCGAGCUGUGCGAGGGUCCGCGCUGCGCCUCCGACGACGAGUGCGGCUCCGUCACCAAGUGCUGCGUCGUCCCCGCAUGCGGCCCGAGGUGCGUCACGCCGCAGCCGCCGCAGAACCUCACCCUCGAAAGCGGACUCCUGCAGGGACCCACCAUGUGUGAAUACCUACGCGACUUGGUUGAGCUCGAGGGCGUGACCUUGGCUGUCCCCACGCCCACCUGUGACGAGAACGGAGCCUACGAACAGGUGCAGUGUAACGCCCUCGGCCAGUGCUGGUGCGUCGACGAUUUCGGAACUCAGAUCCCUGGCACAAAGGCAUCAUCCCGCGAGCUCGUAGUGUGCGACCGCGUUCGAGAGGCUCUGACUUGCGGCGAGAUGCUGUGUCGCCUUGGCUGCGACUACGGCUUCAUCUUGGAUAAGGACACGGCCUGUCCACUCUGCCAGUGUCGCGAUCCGUGCCAGGACGUGGAGUGCAGCGGCAGCCACGUGUGCCAGAUGGUGGACAUCCCCUGCGUGGACGGCGUCUGCCCCGCCAUACCCCAGUGCGUGCCCGUGGUGGAGGCGUCGGCUGCCCCUGCGUGCCCCCUGGGAGAGCCCUACACCCUGCCGGAGACAAACGCCACCCUGGCCUGCAGCCCCCGUGCCCGUGCCCUUGAGUGCCCUCAGGGGUACUCCUGCUUCGCCGACGACAGCACCGUGGAGGGCGUCUGCUGCCCCAGCCCUGGCAAGAAGCAGAAAGCCGGCCAGUGCCCCUUCCUGGUGCCGGUGCUGAGCGGCCACUGCGACCUCGAGUGCUCGGACGACUCUCACUGCCGCGGCGACGAGAAGUGCUGCUCCAACGGCUGCGGGACUCAGUGCCAGCAGCCGAUUGUCAUGACGGCCUGCGAGCACCAACGUAACCUGCUGGAGCACCGCGCCAGGGAAGCCGGAAUACCUGCUGGCCGCGUGUACCUGCCGCAGUGUGACGACGAGGGCGCCUUCCUGCCCACCCAGUGCCACCCCGCGACCCUGACCUGCUGGUGCGUCGAUACCCAGGGCCAGGAAGUGCCAGGCACCCGCGUCAGCCAGCCUGCCCACCCGAACUGCCAGGAACCGCUGGUGUGCCCCGCCAUGAACUGCGACCUCGCCUGCCUCCACGGCUACCGCCUCGACGGCUCCGGCUGCCCCGUCUGCGCCUGCCGAGACCCCUGCGAGGAGGUGAGCUGCGCCACGCCCCUGGAGGAGUGCCGCAUCGUCCACGUGGCCUGCGUCGACGAGCCGUGCCCGCCCCUGCCCGUGUGCCUGCCCCGGCUGGAGAACCCCUGUCCCUAUGGCUCGCCCUUGAGAACCAACGAGAGCGUGGUGGAGUGCGGGCCGGAGGGAAGCACCUGCCCCUCGAGCCACAAGUGUCACCUCUCCCCCUUGGGCGAGUACGCACUCUGCUGCCCCAAGCCACGCGAGAUCUGCUACGAGCCCAAGGACGCCGGCUACUGCGAGGGCGCCAUCAAGAGGUGGUACUUCAACCCCGAGAGCAACAGGUGCGAGGCCUUCCGGUUCGGAGGCUGCAGCGGGAACCUCAACAACUUCGAGAGCCAAGGCGAGUGCGCCGCCACCUGCCCGGUCCUCACGUCGUGCGAGAGGAUGAGGGAGAAGAACCUGAGGAAUGUGGAUAAGAAUAAGAAGCUGAAGUUCAUCCCGAAGUGCUCGAAGGAGACGGGGGCGUGGCUUCCCGAGCAGUGCCUGGAGGAGCUGGGUGUGUGCUGGUGUGUGACCCCGCAGGGCGACCAGGUGCCAGGCUCCCUCACUCGCGGGGCCCCCCAGUGCCAGGGCGCCGCCAGGGCCUCCCGCAGGAUGAGCUUCGACCCCGCCACGCCCACCAACAUGAUCUGCGAGCCCGGCCAGACCGUCCACGUUUGCGACAAGCAGCUGUGCGAGAACCAGGUGUGUUUCUCGCACCCGCACGCCGUCUGCCGCGUCAACCCCUGCGGCGGGUGUUCGGUGCAGUUCGUGGACGCCUUCAACUCGCCCGUCAACUGCGAGGUGGGCCUGACGGAGUGCCAGAGGGAGCUGCAGAGGGUUCUUAACUCGCCCAUCUUCACCAGGCCCGCGCUGGCCUUCGCCGGCCGCAGGUUCCCGCCCUCCGACGCCGACGACUCGGCCGACAACCGCGUGCACUACGACGUGGACCUGUACCGCAACGUGGACGUGUUCCACUUCCCGAUCGACCAGGCCGUCCCCGUCGACCCCGCCUCCAGCGCCGCGCCCUCCGAGGACACGCCCCUCCCGGCGGGCCGUCGCGGAGGCCGCCACAUGACCUUCGAGGAGAGCGACCUCGACAGGAGCCUCACCGUGUCCGGAGACGUCGUGGCUGAGGCGCAGGAGCACCUGAGGAAGGCCAGGGCGCUGCCGCAGGAGACCGUGCCCGAGUCGCCCCUUGAGGAAUCGAGUCUCGUCGACCCCGAGGACCUGGAGAUGCACCUGGCCGGCCCCGCCCUCGAGGGAAGCAACUCCUUCGGCCUCGAGGACGACUUCCCUCCCCCGCGCCUCACCCUCGACGACACCUUUGAGGCUGUCCCUACAGAAGAGACGCCCGCCUCCGCCCAGGGCAUGACGGUCCAGGCCCCCGUGUGCGAAGCCGACGGAGGGUACGCCCGCGAGCAGCGAUCGGGCGGCCUAACGUGGUGCGUGGACGCCAAGGGGCGCCCCAUCCACGAGACGCUCACCCGCGGCCACGUGCGCUGCGGACCCAAUGGCCAGAUCCUGGAGCAGGUGUCCGUCGGGUUCGUGUGUCCGCGCGGCGCCAGGGCCAGGGUGUGCCGGAGCGAGUGCCUGCGGGCGUCCUGCCACUCGCACCCCGACGCCGUCUGCGUGGCCGACCCCUGCAACGACUGCAGGGUCUCCUUCUACAGCGCCAGCGGCGAGAAGGUGCACUGCGAGGGGCGCUGCUCUCAGCCCCUGGCCAAGGGCAUGUGCCGCGCCUCCUUCAAGCGCUUCUUCUACAACGCCUCGGCCGACCAGUGCCAGGAGUUCAUCUUCGGCGGGUGCCUCGGCAACGACAACAACUUCGUCAGCAUGGAGGAGUGCCGCCAAGAGUGCCAGAACACCGACAUCUGCAGCCAGCCGGUGCAGGCGGGCGUGUGCACGGGCGGCGAGGCGCGCUGGUACUACAACGUGGAGACGCGCAAGUGCGAGCCCUUCCUGUACAGCGGCUGCGGAGGAAACGGGAACAACUUCCGCUCCAAAAACCAGUGCGAGUCGCGCUGCCCAGACCUGGUGCUGUGCCCCUACUGGUCGGCGGCGAGCAUGGAGCCCCAGGAGUGCUCCCGAGCCGAAGCCUGCCGUAAUAAGACGUGCCCCGGCCACCCCCUCGCCUUGUGCCAGGUCGACCCUUGCUCUUGCACCGCCUCCUUCGUGGACGAGUCCGGCCGCCCACUCACCUGCCUGCCGCCCACUUCGCCGCCCAAGACUCGCCUCGCUUUCACUUUCGAGGAGGACUCGAGCAGCAGCGACGCCCAGAUGAGCGCCGACGGAGAGGACAACACUGGCUUCGACGUCUCCAGAGGCCUAGGUCCCUCCUCCUCCUCGUUGUCUUCCUCCUCGAAGUUCGAGCGCCACGACGGCAAGGGCGAGAGCGCCUCGGGGAUCAAGGGCGGUCCCGUCACCAUCUACCUAGAGGGCGAGCCGACUCUGACCCGCUGCCAGCUGCUGCAGAGACACCUUCAGGAGAGCAACUCGCAGAAGUAUGUAGCGCAGUGCGACGACGAAGGCAGAUUCAUCCCGACGCAGUGCUACACCGCUGGCCGCCGCUACCUCCAGGAGGAGCACGAGUACCAGGAGCAGGACCUCGAGCAGGAGGACGCCCCCAAAUGCUGGUGCGUCGACGAGACCGGACGCAAGACGCAGCCCACCGUCUACUUCACCAAGGGCGAGAGGGAGUGCGACCUCGUCGCGGUGGAAUCAGUGGUGGUAACGCUCGGGUUCAGAGGUCGCGAGGCCGGCAUGAAGCACCUCGGGAAGGCCAAGGGGCCCCAGAUUCGGGAGCAGGUGAACCACCUCCUGAAGGCGAUGACCGCAGAGACCCUGGAAAACGAGGUCGGCGUCGUUGACCUCCCCGAUCUCACGCAAGUCAAGUUCACGCUGCUCGGGGAAAACAAGAUCGACAUUGCUUACCAGUUGGAGGAGAAGGUGAAGAACGGCGACCUGGCCCUGCAGCUGGAUGAGAAGCGCCUGCCAGCCGACCUGCGCGCCUCCUGGUUCCACCACCAGGUCUCAGAGCACCGCUGGGAGGCGCCCCUGGAGGUGCGGUCGGGCGCGAGAGAGGUCGUGAGCGAGGCCAUGCCGCUGGAGCCGCCGUACCUCGCCGCCACCGUCAUCUUCACCGUCAUCUCGGCCAUGCUGGUGUGCGGCCUCGUGGUGGCGGUGGUGCUGUACCGCAGACACAAGACGGGACAGUACCCCAAGGGACCCCGCGGCUCCAUGCAGUCCCUGGCCUUCAGCGACUCGUCCCUCGACCGGCGCAGCACCUCGUCCAGGCUCUCGGACCAGUUCCAGCCGCCACCCCCUCCUCGGCGACACCCCACCAUCACCACGGUGGAAAACGAGUACCGAAAUGGCCGACACUAAAUGAUAAAUAAAGGGGAGAAGCAAGGCAAGAAGGAAGGAAGGAAGGAAGGAAAUAAAUGUCAAUUGUAUUUGGGUAAUGAAGGAUGGAAGAAGAGGAAUAGAGAGAGGAAGAGGAACGGUUUGAACCUGUGAUCCGUGUCCUCCCGGCACAAGGGGAUGUUUUCUCCAAGUUUCGUUUUCAUUUUCACUGUCCAAUAUUAAACAUAGAUGUAAUUGCACGCCCCAUGCCCAAUGCGACGUAGAAUUUAAUUUUAUAAUCUACUCUAAAUCCAGGCUACAUAGGAGAGUAUUUUUCUCUUCAAUUUCUGAUGGUAUUUGUAGAUUGUAUUGGCCAUGGGUCGUCGCAUGGAACUUUCCCAUUCCUACGUCAAGUGUCAGGCAUAUCAACAGUAAACAAACACAAGAAGUGAAUAUACGUGCAGCGUGAUCCAGUCUCACGAGGAACAGGUGGAAAGCAAACUAAGGGCUGAUUGAUUUUUUUUUUUUUCGUAGAACAUUGUAAGGUCCUUUUCUCAGCUUCGGUUUGACGAAGGUCAUGCACGAUCUUGUAGGAGAUAAUGAGUUUUGUGUUUUGAUUUUUUUAAAUGGUGACAUUUCUUCGAUAGGCAAACAUAAAUGGGUGUUAACAAGAGGUAACUUCAGUAUUCAUUUCGUGGAUGAUGUUAAACAGCAAUAAUAAGCAACCUAAAAGAAGUCUAGUGUUUUGACAGUAUCGAAUAUACUGCUAUUUCGUUGGCAUGAAGUGUUAUAACAAGACCAGUAUUUUUGUAUGUCCGAACUCUUCAAUGGAAAUGAAUGAAAUUUAUACUUGCCAACAAAGUAGCCGCGAUUAUUUUUGUUUUCAUAGAGUAACACAUGAUGUGAAACAUGUUUCUUGUUACAUACUGUUUUACUUUCCUACGAUGUAAGGUUCUUUCAAGUGUGAUGUUGACAAAAAGGUUCUUUAUACGGCGAUGUCAGUGGCUAAUUAAAUGUGAUAACUCCUUUGACUUUUUAAAAAAAAUACAUAGUCGCUCAUUACCUAUCGCGGCGACAGAAGACGAAGGCGACGCUGAAAUUUCCCUGUGCUCAAAGAUCCUUGCGUUACCGUUAAUGCCUGAGUGGAAACACCGUCUUUUGGGAAUCUUUUUCAUUUUUCGAUUUCUACCCUGAUUUCGUUCCUUUUCUCCAUCGGAAUGACUUACUAUAUCCACAACCACACAAAAAAAUCUCCCUAGUAUGUUUCUUUUUAUAUCAUUUUCAUUUCGAAGUUGCAAUAAUGGCGUUAUUGCCGGUCUAUAACCGAAGGAUUUAGAGGUAAGCGUACUAUUUUCUGUGAUGUCGACAGGGGCCUCGACAGUGAGUCAAAGAUGAAAACCAAGAUUUGUAUGACUGCAUCUCGUGUUCCCCCAGGGAUUCCUUUGGUUGUCCGAGGAAGCUUUAAGGGUUUGGAUUCGUCGAUGGAAAUCCCUUUAUUCGGUUUAAUUCAGGGAUUCUUAAGAGUUGGCAGAUUCCUGGAGGAGGCUUAAUACCACUGGAAGCACCAGUAUUGUGUUCAGUUCGCCAUCACGGAAUACGAGAUGCUCAUUUUCUCUCACAAGCGAGUCUCUGUUGACGAUUUCCUUUCAUAAAAAAUAAUCGAGACAAAGAGAAACAAAUCCUUCAGAUUAUUUUGUAUCGAGGCCGUAAGUGGACCAACUAAAACAGCUUGGUUCUGGACACACUGUCUCAGCGUGUGUCCUCGGUAUGUUUCUGUGGCAUUUCCGUAUUGCUCGCUUUACGACAUUGUGUAUCUGUUCGUAGAUUUAGGUAUUUUUCUAGCCAUUUUUAAAACCUAGUUACCUUUUAUGGAAGGUUACGAUUAUAAUAAUUAAUAAUAAUAAUAACUAUAAUAAUAACAAGUAUAUGGUUCCGAUAGAAGUUAGAAGAACAAUAGUGUUUUAGCAAUAAUGAAGCCUGUGUAUCAUAGCACAAUCUUUACAUGUACUAUGCACCCACAAUAUUUUAAUAUGUGCUUACUCGUUUUUCCAAAAGUUUCGUAGGAUUUUACUAUUUGUAGAAGAAUCUGUCGCGUGGACCUUGUUUCACUGCUUUUAGAAGGAUCUUAAUGUGCCCUUUAGACGUCCUCCUAGUUUCCUCCCAUGAUUUUUGUCCGAAUAAUUUAUAAUCAACUACUACUAGUGUGCUGGUCACAUUUUCAGUUGUCUUUUACUCUUCUUUCUUAUCGCUGUACAUUUUUUUGAAAUCUUUAAUUGGAUUUUUAUUUUGCUCAUAUUUAUAUUAUCCUUUUUUAAGUCAGUUUAAUCUUAAGAGAGAGAACAUUCAGUUCCUUUUGGGCGAGUCACACAAGGGAAAGUUUCAAGCCAGAGUUUGAGACGUGGAUGUGGAAUCUCUUACUUUUUCGAGGUUCUAAUCUUCCUCUCAACUUUGACAAGCCUUCCCUAUUGCGCGACUGAGAUAUUCCCCUGCUUUUCAUGGCUCAAGGAAAAAGAAAUGUCUAGCCUCAAGUGUGCCGAAUCAACUUGGGUUGAAUCUGCGUUAUCUUGCUCUGACAAAUCAUAUCAAACCAGACUCGGGGCAUUUCUCUCCCCCCCCCACUUCCCCACAUUUUCUUUGUCAUUCUAUUUCUCCUCUUCUCUCCUUUCUUUAUAAAGGUGUUUUAGACAAGUCUUCCUUCUGCCCUUUCACUUAAGCUUGUAGUCUCCAGGAUGUAGCGCUUUUAAGGGAUAACUCACAACACUUGACUUUAUAAAUACCAACAGGAAAUGAAUGCAUCUCGCUGUAUAUUUGUAAAUAGGGUGACUGCUUUUGAAUCAUGUUCCACUGUGUAUCACUUGUGUAACGACGCCCUUCAUACUAGGCGUUACUUUGUAUUAUAUGCCUAAGUUAUGUUAAAUAAAUCUACGCCAUACAA